AGCAAGAACUCCGAGACUGGUUCACUGAUAGGCUAUGGGCGGAACUUACUACCGCACGAGCUGGCUCGUCGCUCAAGCUUCAAGCGCCAAGUUGGUCGACUACUGGCAGCAUGAUCUCUGCUGAUCAAAUAUAUUAAUAUAAACCAUACUAAGUUGUAUUCCUGUACUUUCUCAAAGGCAUACUUAGUGCGCAGUAUUAUUAUCCUUUCAGACAUGAUUUCUGUGCUCCUUGUCACUGCCAUCCCUCUCGUCGUCGCUUGCGCCUUUUUAUGGCCUUUACGAGCUCGACUAAAGCGCUCGUGUGAUCACCCUCUACCCCCUGGACCACCGCGUAGGCUACUGGUUGGCAACUUGCUCGAGAUUCCUCGCUUCCGUGCAUGGCACAAAUUUCUCCAGUGGAAGGAUCAAUAUGGUGAUGUAGUGUAUGCCGAGGCACUGGGCAAUUCUAUCCUUAUCCUGAACACCAUUGAAUCUGUGACGGAUUUGUUGGUCAAGAAGCCAUCUGUGUAUUCAGAUCGGCCAACCUUCACGAUGGUUGGCGAGCUGAUGGGUUUGGACAAGAGCAUGCCAAUGCUACAAUACGGGACGACAUGGAGGGAACACAGAAAGUUAUCCCGCAUGGCCUUGAGCCCGGACGCAGUGAAGAAAUAUUACGGGGUCCAGGAAGAUACCAUCGCCAUGUAUGUUGACACCUUACUUGAACAUCCCAUGGACUUCGCAUCGCAGCUGCGUCUAACCGCGGGCCGCAUAAUCAUGUCUGUGUCAUAUGGAUUGCCGGUACAAACGCCAGAUGAUCUUUACAUUACCGAUGCAGAAGAGGUCAUGGAGAUGAUAGGAAAGGCGGCAGUCCCUGGGGCUUUUUUGGUCGAUCUUAUCCCUCAAUUGAAAUACCUUCCAUCUUGGGUCCCAUUCAAUAAGAUUCACCAAAUAGGGGCACACGGGCGUCGACGAAUUGAACGACUGAUAUCGCGACCGUUUGAACACGUGCUUCAAGAGAAAGUCAAGGGUUCCGCUAGGCAGUCUUUUGUCUAUGACUGUCUCGAGAAACUCCAAUCCAAUGGCAAUGCGGAAUCCAAGGCUUCACUAGAUCUUAUUCGCUGGGCAAGUGGUGCAUUAUACGGUGCUGGAGGAGAGACCACGUAUGCGACUAUCCUGACAUUUAUCCUGGCUAUGGCGUUGUAUCCUGAGGUUCAAAUCAAAAUCAGGCGCGAAAUAUCCGAAGUCGUCGGGCUUCAUCGGCUGCCAUCCCUUCAAAAUCGUGACAGUCUACCAUACGUCAAUGCUACGGUGAAAGAGGCGAUGCGAUGGAGUCCAGCCCUCCCUCUCGGCAUCGCGCGCAAAACAACACACGAAGAUUAUUAUCAAGGAUAUUAUAUCCCGAAGGGUACGAUUGUGCUACCAAACGUCUGGGCCAUCUCGAAAGAUCAAAAAAGUGGCAUUCCCAGUGAAAGAUUUGCGCCCGAGCGAUUCUUGCAGAGUUGCGUGAAGGAAACGGCAAUUGAUCCAUAUGGGUAUGCGUUUGGUUUUGGAAGACGGGAAUGCCCCGGCAAAUAUCUGGGCGAGAACAACCUUUUUCUUUUGGUUUCAUACAUAUCUGCCACAGUCAAGAUAUCCAGUUCAAAAGAUGCGUUGGGUAAUGACAUUCCGCCAAAACCAAAUUUCACAGCUGGCUUGGUUAGCUUCCCUGAACCAUUCUCCGUAAACCUUUCUCCAGUGUCUGAUCAGGCGGUCACGUUGAUCAAGGAGAAAGUGAAUCCACUUCAAUCAACAGAUUAUAUUUCUCAGUAACACUAUCAUAACGAUAUGUACCAAGCGAAGACCUUUGGUUGGUACAGAUGAGAUUUGGGCAGAGAGAUCACUACGGAUUAUAAUAGUAAUUCUUUGUAUACUAUGUUGGCGAAAUCUCGGCUCUCAUUGGACGGAGAGAAAAGAGCUGACCGCUUCAAACCCCGC